AUGGCCUCAGCGUCCGCUCUGCAGAGGCGCAUUGUGUCCAAGGACGGACACAACAACGUGCGCAUCGACAAUGUGGAGGGAAUGGUCAAACUGUACCUGCACGACCUCUGGACCACCGUGGUGGACAUGAAGUGGAGGUACAAGCUGACGCUGUUCGCCUCCACGUUCGUCCUCACCUGGUUCAUCUUCGGUGUCAUCUUCUACGUCAUCGGCAUCGCAAACGGCGACAUGGCGUCCGGUCUGAGCGACAACCACACCAGCUGUGUCCAGAACGCACACACGCUCACCGGCGCAUUCCUGUUCUCGCUGGAGUCCCAGACCACCAUCGGCUACGGCUUCCGCUACAUCUCUGAGGAGUGCCCCUUGGCCAUCUUCAGUCUGGUGGCCCAGCUGGUCAUCACGGGGCUGGCGGAGAUCUUUGUGACCGGGGCGUUCCUGGCCAAGCUGGCACGUCCCAAGAAGCGUGCAGAGACCAUAAAGUUCAGCCAGGUGGCGGUAGUGUGCACGCACCGGGGCAAGCGCUGCCUGAUGGUGCGGGUGGCCAACAUGAGGAAAAGCCUCCUGAUCCAGUGUCAGCUCACGGGGAAGCUGCUCCACGCCAACGUCACUGAGGAGGGCGAGAAGACGCAGGUGCACCAGAGCUCGGUGGACUUCUACAUGGACUCGAGUGGGGAGUGUCCGUUCCUGAUCCUGCCCCUGACCUUCUACCACACGCUGGACUCGAACAGCCCCCUGUCCCGCCUCAGCGCCGCCUCUCUGCUCACGGUCGACUUCGAGCUGCUGGUCACUCUGAACGCCACCAUGGAGUCCACAGCCGCCACCUGCCAGAGCCGCACCUCCUACGUGCCCCGCGAGAUCCUCUGGGGCUACGAGUUCAAGCCCGUCCUGUUCAGCACGGGCACGGGACGCUACGUGGCCGACUUCACCUUCUUUGACGAGGUGCAGGCGUGCAGCGAGCCCCGGAACACAGACAAGCUAGCCCACAAGGAGAGCCACAAGGAGAACCACAAAGAGGGUCACAAGGAGGGCCACAAGGAGAGCCACAAGGAGAGCCACAAGAAGGGCCAUUAG